CCAUUUUGUCGGGGUUUGUAUUUAGUCGGAGCCGGAGCCGAGCGGGAGCGAGUGUGUGUGACAGCGGCGUGUGCGAACAAACCGGUGGGCAGCAGGCCAGUCCACCAGCACAGCAACUACAACCCAACCGCAUCUUAGAGCCGACCACUAGAAACCUGACACAAAAUGUCCAGUCCUGAAUCUCCCGAGUAUUCGCCCUUCUUCGGGGUGAUAGGCGCCUCGGCCGCCAUGGUGUUCAGCGCUCUAGGAGCGGCUUAUGGAACGGCUAAGAGUGGUACAGGAAUUGCUGCCAUGUCCGUCAUGAGGCCUGAACUAAUCAUGAAAUCCAUCAUCCCUGUCGUCAUGGCAGGUAUCAUUGCUAUCUAUGGACUGGUGGUGGCAGUGCUAAUUGCCAAUUCACUCACAGAAAAGAUAACAUUAUUCAAGAGCUUCCUGCAGCUCGGUGCUGGAUUGAGCGUGGGACUGAGUGGUCUUGCUGCCGGCUUUGCUAUUGGCAUAGUAGGUGAUGCUGGAGUACGAGGAACUGCACAGCAGCCGAGGUUAUUUGUCGGAAUGAUCCUCAUCCUUAUUUUUGCUGAAGUGUUGGGUCUGUAUGGCUUGAUUGUUGCUCUGAUCCUUUCCACAAAAUAAAUCUCACAAAUAUAACAUUCAGCUCCAUUCUAAUGGUCUUAACUCCAGAAUGUGUACAGUUGUCUCAAUUUGGUAGUCAAUCUCUUGUAAAUGCACAAUGUUAGUGAUUUGUCUGUCGUGUGUGUAUUAGGUAUUGAAUUUGGUUUUAAGAGCUGGGUUUAGUGGCUCCUAGACACGCGUGCAAUUUCCAAUCCAUAUUACUGUUGAGGAGCACUCAGAUUAAAUUAGAAUUGUAAGUUUCAUUUCUUUCACUGGAUUUUAUUUAAGAUACUCAUACAUUAUUAUAAUGGAGCAAGAUUUCUGGAGUCCCCAUGAUAUAGUAGAUUGUUGCACUGUCAGUAACUGUGUUGCUCAGAUCUCCUUGGAUGUAAUAAUUGGUAACGAUUGGAUCUGAUCAUAGUCCUUUUGUGUACUGGUAUUGGAGUGAGUUCUACUUGUGUUUUUAACAUCCUGAGACACAUGUAAAUGUUUCCAGUAGUAAACUGUAUGGCUAAUCAUAAGGUGUGCAACCAGCUGUGGGCUUCACACUUCUGAUGUUUCCAAAUAAAAAAAAUCUCCUCCACUA